GCGGCCCGCACUGUCCAGUUGUUGCGUCUCCUUCCUCUUUCGCUCCACGCUCCCGGCGCGAGCGUGGCCCGCAGGCCUGGUCUCUACGCGCCUCGCUCACACGGUCACUCGGAACGCUCAGCCGCGCGGCCGCGGCCCCCACCUGGCUCGGCGACAGCCUCCUUGCUCGGGCGGCCCCGGGGUGGGGGAGGCGAGCGAGCGAGCGAAGUGAGAGAGAGCGAGCGAGCGAGCGAGCGAGAGAGCGAGCGGGGCCGAGGGCGCCCGGCGGGCGGUGGCGCCGCGAACAUGGUCGCCAAGCAGCGGAUCCGGAUGGCCAACGAGAAGCACAGCAAGAACAUCACGCAGCGCGGCAACGUCGCCAAGACCUCGAGAAACGCCCCCGAGGAGAAGGCGUCCGUGGGACCCUGGCUGCUGGCGCUCUUCAUUUUUGUCGUCUGCGGCUCGGCAAUUUUCCAGAUUAUUCAGAGUAUCAGGAUGGGCAUGUGAAGUGACGUGACUGGCCUUAAGAUGCUUCCAUUCUCCUGUGAAUUUUAACUUGAACUCAUUCCUGAUGUUUGAUACCCUGGUUCAAAAUUCAGUAAAGCAUCCUGCCUCAGAAUGACUUUCAUGUCACCCUUCAUGUGUCAUUCCAAGGUUUCUUCACAAGUCAUUCCAGGUUUUUCUAGUCCGUACCACAGUGCCUUGCAAAAGCGCCACAGGAAUAAAGCAAUAAAGUCUGAUGCUAAGCUCCAGUCAGUAGUGGACCCUGCUUAUUCAGUCAGUCAAGAGCAAGUUCUUCAUGUGGUUGUUAAAACCAUAUGCAGUAUGGAUAAUUAAGUCUGUGCAGUCAGGGUCUAGAUUUUGUUAACUCUAAUGUGUAAAUGCAAUUAGCUUAAUUUAAAAUUUGGAAUCUUAAGGUUUUUAUAUAGCUAGGCACUCUGUUACUCUUUUGAAUUGAAAGCACACUCCAUUAUAGGGUCAAGUAACGUCCUUAAUAAGGUGCUUACCAAUGGAGCAGCUGCACAGUUGGCCUAGUUUUACCACAACCAUUAUCACCUAGAAGUUUUUAAAAGCUUCUAAAUCAUAAUAUAAGCAGAGAUGCUUAUAGCCACAUCUGUUUUAACAAUAUUGUUUUUAUUACACUACCUUGGAUUUCGCAUGAGUAAGUAUAGUAACCUAAAUCCCAUUUGCAAAAAACCAAGCAAAAAAACUUGGUUGAGCAUUUGGUAACUUAAUCCGUCACUGCGGUUUCACCAAGAGCUACCAUGGUGGAGUGAAGUCAGGAAAGGAGGGUUUGUUUAUGUCACAUUGAUUUAAUCAGAAUUAGUUUAAUACAUCAAAGGGGUUGCUGGGCUAGACAAAAUUCUAGGGGAAAAUCUUACCAGAAACGGACACCUCAUCAGGACUCUUGUCCCGUGUGCCGUAAGAUAUCUCAGCAUCUUGAUAGCACUUUCAAUACCAAAAAAAGGCACAGCAACUGAAAGUUACACUUAGUUUGUCAGUGUGCUUCUAGAUUUAUGACCGAAAUGCCCUGAGGGUUCUAGAUUCAUCAGGUUAACGUGGUUUCUGGAAUUAAGUGGAUUUAUUGAUAGGAAUCAGUCUUUAGUCUUCCUUUGUAUGAUUUUAUGAUUACAUUUGAUCCCAUUUAUGUUCAAUAUAAAUGAACAUAAUGAUUAUGAUUGAUCACAUUUUCUUUAAUAGUAAGGGUGAGAGUGGUAAGGCAGGUUUUGGGUUUUGCAGUGCUGUUGAAAACUGCAGGUAUUUGUAUACACAGUCAUAACUUGGUGCAAAAAGCCUGAACAGUGUCUGUAUUAAUGGAUGACGGAAAGACUGCUCUGUUUGCUUUAACUGCCUCAGGAUCUGUCUUUAGAAAUAAGCUGUUUUAAGAGGAGCAGAAGGGAAUCUACGCCGUCUAUACAGGGUGCGACCCUCACGGGAUGUGCUACCCCCUCAGCUACUGAGGAGAGCAGCAGGCUAGGACAGAGAGGAACUGAACUGCUGUAACAGGAAGACGUCCAUUGCCUCCGGCCAGCAGGUUUUUACAGAAUCGUGACCUGCCCCUUUCACACAGUCAGUCGGCCCCUGGACUUGUUUCCCUCUUUGAAACAUCUUGGCUAAUGAAUUCUACUUUAUUGUAACUUUAAAAAUGAAAGUUAUUGCUCUAAAUUUAUAGCAGGUGCCUUAUUCUUUGCUUUUGAUCAGAUCAUUCCAUGUCAGAAUUUCCCUUGGUUUUCUGUAGAUAAUUGGCUUAAAGGUGUUUUUUGGUUUUGUUUUUUAAAUGUACAAUGUCUGAAUUAAUUCGACUGUUAAAUUGCUGUAGCUGGCAAUCGUUUCACAUGUAAAACUGCAUUCCCUUUGUAUUUCAUGUGUAUUUUACCAAUUGAGUGCAUUUUAUAUUCAGGGUGGACUGUGCAUGUUUGGGUAAAUGAAUGCUGUGUCUGUUUGAUUUAUGGUUUAAAAAUAAAGUUCCCUGAUUAUUUGAUGCCUUUCUUGUAAAAGAAAAUGCUUUUACAGAGUUUUUAUCUGAGUGUACUUUUAUAGUUAAUAGAAAAUUAUUUUAAACAAUGCCUCCUAUCUUACUUAACAGAAAUAGUGCCCAGAGGCUCAGAUGUAAAGAUUGUAAGUGGAAAUGGAUGGUGAACAAUAAACAUAUGAAGUGGAAUGAAUUCAGUGCUUCCCACGACUGGUGCCAGAAGAGCACAGUUCUUGAUAACCUCCCUCUUGAGGUUACCAUC